GACGGAGGAACUGGAGCACUAAAUUGCCGGCUUCAAUUUCAGCAGAGAAAGCAUUCGAAUUGGGGGUCCAAGAUGAUAAAGCUCGCUCUUUUACAGUUUCAUACCUUAUAAACUCAUUUGGGUUCUCCCCACAAGUGGCUCUCUCUGCAUCCAACAAGAUGAAGGUACGCUUCGACACCCCAGAAAAACCCGACUCUGUUAUUAAGCUUUUUAAAGACUAUGGACUCAGUGAUGCCCACAUCUCUGACAUUGUUAAGAAAUGCCCAGUUUUGCUUGUAUCCAAUGCUGAAAAGACCCUUUGGCCAAAACUCCAGUUUUUCACUUCCAUUGGCCUUUCGGGCAAUGACCUUGCCCGGAUCUUCCGUGUCAACGCAAAUAUCUUGACAUUGAGCUUAGAGAGAAGUAUUAGACCUUGUUAUGAUAUUAUGAAAACUCUAGAAAUACCUGAGCAUAAGGUCCCUUAUUUCAUUAGCAACUAUUAUAUGUUUAACCCCAAAGUAUUGAGCAAUGUACCUCACAACACUUUGAUUCUGAGAGCGCAUCAGGUGCCAGAAGCGUCAUUUCCUCUGUGGGUGUGUUCUCAUUUGCUUGCACUGUCAUUUGACUCUGAGAAGGUUAAGACAAAUGUCGAGAAGGUCAUCAGCAUGGGAUUUGACCCUUCGUCUACUACAUUCAUGAAAGCUUUGUAUGUGGUAUCGGUGACCAAUGCAGCAAAGUGGAAACACAAGAUGGAAUUUUAUGAGAAGUGGGGUUGGACUGAAGAUGAUGUGUUGUUGGCAUUUAGAAAGAAUCCCAUGUUUAUGAGCUUCAGUGUGAAGAAUAUUUCAGCUAAAAUGGAUUUUCUUUUGAAUAAAAUGGGUUGCCAGCCUGCAGAUCUGGCUGCACGUCCAGAUAUUCUGACUUAUAGUUUGGAGAAGCGAAUCAUACCUAGGUGUUCAGUCAUCAGAUUUCUCCAGUUAAAGGGCUUAAUUGUCAAGGAAGAUUUAUAUAUAAUUAGCAUUGUGCACAAAAACGAGAAGUGGUUCUUGGAAAGGUUUGUGAUCAAAUAUGAAGAACAAGCACCUGAAUUGCAGAGCAUCUUACAGGGGAAAAUGGGUCUAGCCGAAUUUGGUUUAGGAUUCGACGAAAGUGGUUGAGUCACUCGAGUGUAACAAUUGUAGGAUGAAGCUUGUUGAUUUAUCCUGCAUUCUAGUUUGAUGAUUCAGAGGAUUAAGUUCUCGUACAAAUGUCAACUCUUGCUCUGUGUCAAGUUUUACAGUAUCAUAUCCUUUGCUUGACCAAAUAUGCUGUCCUUAAACCACUUAGUUCUGAGAGAUGAAGUCUUGGAGACAGGGAGAGGUGUAGGACUCCAAUUGGAUUGCUGUACAAGUUUAUUUUUGCAGGUUGAACUCAGUCAAACUGCCUAAACUCCGAGGCUUAAGGAAAGUCUCUAUCAACAGCUGGAUUUGAGAGUCUAUUAAAAAAAAUGGAUGGUUACUGAACUGAUUCAUCAGCAGAGGACACUUCAAAUUUCAUUAAUAUUUCUGUCUAAAGAGAGUAAUUGUAAGUGUUUGAAUUGGCAAGUAAUUGAAAGUCUUAUUAAAAUAUUUAGUU